AUGCACGCCGCCCUGGCGGGGCCGCUGCUCGCCGCCCUUCUGGCUACCGCCCGCGCCCGCCCGCAGCCCCCGGACGGAGGACAGUGCCGACCGCCCGGAUCGCAGAGGGACCUGAACUCCUUCCUGUGGACUAUUCGACGCGACCCCCCAGCCUACUUAUUUGGCACCAUCCACGUCCCAUACACCCGGGUGUGGGACUUUAUCCCAGACAAUUCCAAGUCAGCCUUUCAGGCCAGUGCCCGUGUCUACUUUGAGCUAGACCUGACAGACCCCUAUACCAUCUCAGCCCUGGCCAGCUGCCAACUGCUGCCCCACGGGGAGAACCUGCAAGACGUGCUGCCUCGUGAGUUAUACUGGCGUCUGAAACGCCACCUAGACUAUGUGAAGCUGAUGAUGCCUUCCUGGAUGACGCCUGCGCAGCGAGGCAAGGGACUCUAUGCGGACUACCUGUUCAAUGCCAUUGCAGGGAACUGGGAGCGCAAGAGGCCCGUGUGGGUGAUGCUCAUGGUGAACUCGCUCACAGAGACUGAUGUGCGCUCCCGUGGUGUGCCAGUCCUAGACCUCUACCUGGCACAGCAGGCCGAGAAGAUGAAAAAGAGCACUGGGGCAGUGGAGCGGGUGGAGGAGCAGUGCCACCCACUCAACGGGCUCAACUUCUCCCAGGUACUGUUUGCCCUGAACCAGACACUGUUGCAGCAUGAGAGUGUUCGAGCUGGGAGCCUGCAGGCACCCUACACCACUGAGGACCUCAUCAAGCACUACAACUGUGGGGACCUCAAUGCCGUCAUCUUCAACCACGACACAUCCCAGCUGCCCAACUUUAUCAACACAACCCUUCCACCGCAUGAGCAGGUGACAGCCCAGGAAAUUGACAGCUACUUCCGCCAGGAGCUGAUCUACAAGAGGAAUGAGCGGAUGGGGAAGAGGGUCAUGGCCCUUCUGCAGGAGAACGAAGACAAGAUUUGCUUCUUUGCCUUUGGAGCAGGUCACUUUCUGGGGAACAACACUGUCAUCGACGUCCUGCGGCAGGCAGGGCUGGAGGUGGAGCACACACCCGCAGGGCAGGCCAUCCACAGCCCUGCUGCCCGGAGCCCAGCGCCCCCUCCCGAGGGGACCUCAGAAAGCCCAGUCCCAGCGACCCCAGCUGCCGCCAUCCCCGAGGUGCCCUCAGCAACCCCCACUGCGCAGCCUGAGGAGGAGGAUCCGGCCCUGUCCCCACACCUCCUGCUCCCUGACAGCCUCAGUCAGCUGGAGGAGUUUGGGCGGCAGAAGAAAUGGCACAAGAGACAGAACAAACAGCGACCCCGGCAGUUCAAUGACCUCUGGGUUCGAAUCGAGAACAGCACCACCGCUUCGCCACCCCCACUGCCCCUCCAGCCCACGCACAGCUCCAGGACUGCCAAGCCCCCCCUUCAGCUCUCUGACCAGCUUCAGCCCCAGGACCAGCCACGUCUUCCCAGCAGCUCAGCACUCAGCCGUUCACAACCCACCAUGAGUGUCUUCACUGCCAUCGCUGCUGCCGCCACCUUCAUGCUGCACACACUUGGGCCCUCCUGA